AUGGCUGUCAAUAAUUUAUCGCAAAUGAACGAUGUGUCUAAUGUUGAUGGUAGAAUACUAGAUCUAGUUCUAUCCAAUGUUGAUUGUUUAAAUGUCACUAAAUCUAUAAGUAUGCUUAGCAAAGUAGAUCAAAAACAUCCUCCAAUUUUGAUAUCGAUCCCAAAACUUACUUCCGAGUACCUCAAGCCGAUAAUAAGCCAUCGUUACAACUACUUUAGAGCAGACUAUGGCAAUAUUGUACCUUACUUGAAGAGCAUUAACUGGCAAGUGGAGCUAGAAAAAUGUCAAAAUGUUAACGAAAUGACUAAUAUAUUUUACCACUUUUUAAAUAUAGCCGUAACAUCCUAUAUUCCUAAAACAAGACCUAAACUAACUAAAUUUCCUUCGUGGUUUAGCAAUUCCCUAAUUAAAAUAAUUUCCGAGAAAAGCAGAAAAAGAUUAAAAUAUUUGAAAUAUAAGAACCCUCGUGAUCAACUAGAAUACGAGCUUCUUCGCGAACGUGCUCAUAAUGACAGGCGCAAUGGUGUAUCCAAUAUCCCAGCUAUAAUGUAUCAAGCUGAUCAGGUCGCAAACACCGGACCAGAUAUUGCCCAAAUGUUUGCAAACAAAUUUUCAUCUGUUUUUAGUAAAGUGGCUGCAAACGACGGCGGUGACGUAUCUAUGUUCAAUAAUUCAUGUUUAAAUUCUGUAAAAUUAACUGAAAGAGACAUUAUAGGUGCAGUCAAAAAAGCUUGA